ACAAACAUUAUGGCUGCAAAUACAGCUUACUUUAGAACCUAAAGUGUUAUGAAGGUAGAAUAGUAGCUGCAAUUAUAGAUUGAGACGACAAAAGAGUGUUAGUAAUAAAAUAUAACACUUAUAGUGACAGUGAAGCAAUUAUAAGAGCAAUGUAUGGAGGUUAAACGCGUAGAGCAGCGAUUACUAUCCCUACAAUACAGACCAAAGCUUCUGUGUUAUAGCUUUGAGCGAAUUUUACGACUAUAAGAUCCAUAUAAGAAAUUAACAUUUACUAUUAACUUCUAAAGUUCUAAGCAAGCUGCUACAAACUCUUUCGGAGCGCUGAUAGUUGCUCAAAAGGAGCAAUUAACGUUACUUGCUCUACAAUGGUGUUCAUUAACACUUUUACAACACCAAACUCCUAAAGGGAUACAAAACUCCCUUGUAUGAUUUAGGGCUGAAUAGUAGGGAUAUUUCUCCCUAUUAAUAGAACUUAUAGUGUCAAGUAUAGUCUCUAUAUUACUUAAGGUUUAAUUAUUGAGUUCGUUACUACUUUAGUACCUCUAAUUGGUCACGUGGCGCACGAACAAAAAAAUGGCGUCACAACAUAGUUCCUCUCAAAAGCGUUUUAAAACUUGGAAAGUUCAAAGUAGAACCGGUGGAAAUAGACGGAAAAUCUUGAAAGAUUAUCGUAAUAUUUUAAACUACAACGUUGCAGAUGCAAACUUAUCACAAGAUAACCUGAAUGAAAAUGGAAGCAUCACUAGACGUGGUCAAGUGGGAGACUUACUUGAUGAGGGUUCCGCAUGUAAUGGAAGUGAUAUCGCAACUGCAAGUUUUGAUAUUUCCGAAGAGGACCGAUGUUAUUACUCAUUGAGUAGUGAUGAUGAGGAUAAUCCGAGUGAAUAUAUUAAGAAUUUUCAAUUUAGUGAAAAAUUGAGGGCAUGGUCCAUUGAGAAAAAUAUUACACAAACUGCUAUAAAAGAUUUGCUGUUAAUCUUAAAUGACAGAUUUGGCAUGAUUCUACCAAAAGAUCCUCGAACUCUUUUACAAACACCAAAAAAUAUUUUAAUAAAAAAACUAGAUGACGAUGGCGAAUAUUGGCAUAAUGGAAUUUCUGAACCUUUGAAAUGUAUUUUAAGGAAGUUUAGUAAUUUACCCAAUACAAUUUACUUGAAUUUUAAUAUUGAUGGAUUGCCAAUCCACAACAGUUCUAAAAAAGAAUUUUGGCCAAUAUUAGCAAACAUUCAUCAAGUCGACGCAAAUCCUUUUGUGAUUGGCGUGUAUUUUGGUAUCGGAAAACCAAAAAGUUUAAAACUUUAUUUAGAAGAUUUUGUAAAUGAGACUAAAUGUAUUUUACAAGAAGGCAUCCAAAUAGAAGACAAGAAAAUUUCUGUGAAAAUCAGAUGCUUCAUCUGUGAUUCUCCAGCGCGAGCUUUCAUUAAAGGUGUCUGCAACUUUAAUGGAAUGCAUGGUUGUUUGAAAUGCACAACUGUGGGCGAAUACUCUCACCGUUCACAUACAGUGUUUUUUUCUUCGCGAAAGUUUCCUGAUAGAAAUAAUGAAGAUUUUAGAGCUAAGAAAUAUGGAGCUCAUCACAAAGCAGAUUCCCCACUAUUAGAAUUACCAAUCGACAUGGUUCAAGAUAUUCCUGUAGGAGAUUCACUACAUUUGAUUGAUCUAGGAAUCAUGAAACGGCUAUUAGUGGGAUGGCGUAAUGGAAACUUUGGGAUUUAUACUACAAAAUGGUGUGCAAGGGAUAUCACUAAAGUAAACGAAUUCUUGAUGAAAAGUAGAAUGCCUUCCGAAAUACACCGGUCAAUCCGCUCACUUGAUUGCCUUGCGCACUGGAAAGGAUCAGAAUUCAGGACUUUUUUACAUUAUUUGAGCAUAAUCGUACUUAUUGAUGUCCUUCAUGAAGAUGUGUACCAACAUUUUCUAAUGUUUUUCUGUGCGGCAACUAUAUGUUCAGUUAGUAGAUAUAGCACUUAUUUACCAAUAGCUAGAGAGCUGUUUCAAAGUUUUGUGGACCAGUUUAAAUUUUUUUAUGGGAGAGACUAUGCGACCAGCAAUGUUCACAAUUUGAUGCACGUAGUAGAUGAAGUGGAAAAAUUUGGGCCCCUGCUAACUUUUAACGCUUAUCCAUUCGAAAAUAAAUUAUACACAAUUAAAAAUAUGCUCAGGCAGGGCAAUAAACCUCUGAUACAGCUAGCGAAAAGAAUCUCCGAGAAAAGUAUGGUUGAUUCUCCUAAUUUACAUAAAAGAUCUGAGCAUACUGAGCCUUUUGUAUCUGAGAGUCAAUAUCGUACAACGCUUCAUUUUAAUACUUAUAUGUAUUAUCAUCUAAACUUCAGGACAGAUACUGCAUGACGAAUGACAGCGACAUUGUGGAAAUAAAAGAGAUUAAGCAAUUACAUGAAUCUAAUGUUGUGCAUAUUCAUGGCUAUAGAUUAAGGAACAAACGUGACAUAUUUCAACGUCCUAUUAAAUCAUCAUAUUUGAAUAUGUUUGUAGUUGCAAAAGACACUGAAAAUCGAGAUGAAAUUGUGAUAUCACCAGGAGAUGUCCAGUUUAAACUUGUGUGUAUUGAGCUUGAAAAUUCUCUUUACUUCUUUCCUUUACUUCACACUGUGUAACAUUUUGAAUUAAACGCAAUUAAUGUAUGUAUUUUUUUUUAUUUCU